UGGCUGACCCAACAAAAGUAUCUCUCCCGAUUUAUUCCCAAAAGCAACCGACUUUAGGAGCUGUGGGCCCCUUCCCUAUCUGUUUCUUGAUAAUCUUUUUAUUAUUAUAACUUCACCGGCAUAAUAAUAUUAAGCUUGGCUUCCGGGAUCUUUAUAUAAACUAAUCACCCGUUGGUUACCUUAUGUGGCGGUGCAGUUGUUUUGAUGUGAAUUUGAGUUGAGUUGGGUUGGAUAUGGAUCGUUCGAUGGCGGCUGCUAGUUCUGCUAUGGAUUUGCCGAUCAUGCACGAUAGUGACCGCUAUGAUUUGGUUAAAGAUAUCGGGUCGGGUAAUUUUGGAGUUGCUAGACUUAUGAGAGAUAAACAGACUAAAGAGCUUGUUGCUGUUAAGUAUAUUGAAAGAGGUGAAAAGAUAGAUGAGAAUGUUCAAAGAGAAAUCAUUAAUCACAGGUCUUUAAGGCAUCCUAACAUAGUUAGGUUCAGAGAGCUCAUCUUGACACCAACCCAUUUGGCCAUUGUGAUGGAAUAUGCAUCCGGUGGGGAACUGUUUGAUCGAAUUUGCAACGCGGGCCGAUUCAAUGAGGAUGAGGCCCGGUUCUUCUUUCAACAACUAAUUUCUGGAGUCAGCUAUUGUCACUCUAUGCAAGUUUGUCACCGUGAUUUGAAGCUAGAGAACACGUUGUUGGACGGAAGUCCUGCUCCUCGUUUGAAGAUUUGUGAUUUUGGAUAUUCCAAGUCUUCAGUGCUGCAUUCACAGCCAAAGUCUACGGUUGGUACACCAGCAUACAUAGCUCCUGAAGUGUUGCUUAGGCAAGAGUAUGAUGGAAAGAUUGCAGAUGUGUGGUCGUGUGGUGUGACAUUAUACGUCAUGCUUGUCGGUGGCUACCCUUUCGAAGACCCUAACGAACCAAAAGAUUUUCGGAAGACAAUUCAUAGAAUUCUUCAUGUCCAGUAUUCGAUUCCAGAAAACAUCCAGAUAUCCCCGGAAUGUCGGCACCUCAUCUCGAGAAUAUUUGUUGGAGACCCUGCACAGAGAAUCACGAUGGCAGAGAUAAAGCAACACGAGUGGUUUCUAAAGAACCUCCCCGCUAAUCUAAUGGAUGAAGAUAACAUGAUGAACAGCCAGUUCGAAGAGCCUGAUCAACCGAUGCAGAGUGUGGAUGCCAUCAUGCAGAUAAUAUCCGAAGCCACCAUUCCACCCGCUGGCCUUUACGAUCUCGACAUGAUGGAUGAUGAUCUGGAUGAUUUCGACUCUGACCCUGAUGAACUUGAUAUUGAUAGUAGCGGUGAGAUCAUAUAUGCCAUAUGAUGGUCCGGUAUCAAUAUACAAGUUGUUGUAGAAUCAUGUGGGUUGUGGUUAGAUAUCGAGAUGGGAGUCGGGUUGUGGUUUUUGUAUCAGGUCGGGUCUUUUUUUUUCAUGAACGGUAUCGCGGAAUCUAGGAUUUUUAUCGCGGAUUUGGUCUUUGAUCUGUCGUGGAAAAUGGGUCUGGCCUUUUUUGUAUCACUACCGGAGUUGGAAUUGAAAUUUGUACACCUAUUGUUGUUUCUGGAUCUUGUGAACCCCUUUUUUGUGUAACAGAAUAUGCCCAUUCUGGAGCUAUAUACAAUUUUUAAUGUAAA